AAGCUUACGUAUUCCAGCAAUGGGCACACUAUUUGGCAGUCAACAAAAACACAAAUAUAAACAAUAAGUUUUGCAUAAACUCCCUCCGAAAAAACCAAAACAAACCCCACUGGCGCAGCACUACAGUUUUAAAUCCAAUUAAAUGGAGGUGAAAAGCUGUCACGAUGCGCCAAAUGGGUUUGGGAUAAUGCAAUCCUACGAUACGCUGUACCGUCAGGAUGAGGUAGCUUUACAUAAAGAGAAUCAACUGGAAGAAGAAGUUUACGACAACGAAAGGGGAACUCGAAAAAGAUUCCAGCUCCUCGAGCAAGUAAAGAACGAGCCCAUUGAAAACGACUUCCUAAUGAAAGAUCACCUUUUCAAUCAGUCGUAUCAAGUCAAAGAAGAAGAUCUGAAAGAUCACAUUCAAAGCGAUUAUCCUGUUAAUGGAACCAUUUUUUAUGUUAAGAAUAAUAACAUGGAGGAGCAGCAACCGUUCAAGUGCACCCACUGCCCAAAGUCUUUUCUACAAAAACCUAAGCUUCAGCGACACAUCAAGACGCACUCAGGAGAAAGGCCGUACACGUGUAGCUACUGCCAAGCGUCCUUUUCACGAAGCGAACACCUUCAGCGACACGUUCGGAAACACACAGGAGAACGGCCCUACAGUUGUACCCUAUGCCAGUCGGCCUUCACACGAAAGGAGCAUCUCCAGCGGCAUACACGGACGCACACCGGCGAACGGCCAUACCAGUGUGGUUAUUGCCAGGAGUCAUUUCUUAAAAAGGAACACCUUCAGCGGCAUUUACGGAUCCACACAGGAGAACGUCCCUACCAGUGUAAUCAUUGCCAGGAAUCAUUUUCGCGGAGCGAACAUCUUCAGCGGCACAUUCAAAGCCACAAAGAAGGCGAAUGACAGAAUUGGUUAAUUCAUUCUCGAGUUUUUGGAAUCAGCCUGGGACUUUUCAAUAUCCUAACUAACUUUGCCUUUAAGAUAAGUUCUCGAAUAAUUAGUUUUAAGAGAAUAAACAGCGAAAUACACUAAAGUA